AUGUAUUUAGCAUAUUCCAUCAAUUAAGAAAUUAAACCAAUAUUGAGUCAACAUAAGGAAUGGCUCUAAAAUUUCUAAAAACAUGCUUAAGAAAAAAAAACUGCUUUGCAUUAUUCUUAAGUUCAAUCUCGCUUGCACCCUGAUAGGUAUAGAUCAAAUAGUGACAAAUAAACCCAAUAGAGAGAGUAAAAAGCACAAUAAAUAACUUAACCACAACAUGAAGCAACCAAAGUAGAAGAAUCAUAAUAGGAAUAAUAAUAUUAACACGAAAAUAAUAAUGCAUUGGGAGAUGAAAUAAUUGAUGACUAAGAAUUGAAUGAACUAUUGGAUUUCACUAAGAACUUAGAUUUUGAGUAAUACAUAAAUGAUUUAGAAGUAAAAACAGUUGUUGAAGCCUUAAAAAAGAGAAUAGAGGAAAUACGAAUAGAGAAUCCACAAUUAUCAUAAAAAGAAGCAACAAAGAAAGCAUUAAAAUAGAAUAACAAUGCUACUCAAAAACAAAGUAAAAAACAUGUUACUAUUUAAGAAGAAUAGCUUUAAAAAAAUACAGAAAAAAAAGAAGUUAAUCUAGAAAACAUAGCUAAGAAGAUAGCUGAAGAAAUACUUCAAAAAAACAAAUACUUAAGAAAUAUUCAUUCAAAUAUCUCAAUGCAAAAAUUGGUUGAAACUGAAGCUCGUAGGUUUCUUUAGAAAGAAUGA